AUUCCCCACGUCCCUAGCGGAACGUACCUCCCUCGACAGCUUCUUCGAAGCUACCGCAUCGCUCCAUCCUCAUGGACCGAUACACAGUUGAACGCACGUUGUCCAUAGCUUUGUUUGGGGAUGUCGUGCUCUGUCAUGACAACACCACUGCCAACGACAACCGCCCGACCUCGAUGGUCGCCAUCAAGCGCAUGGACAUUGCGUCUGCGACAGCGCGGCAAGUCGUCGGGUCCCCUCGUCACGUCGCCGAGGACAUUGAGUUUGAACGGCAUGUGAAUCUGACAUUGACGCGAGACGGGAAACGGCACCCGAACGUGCUGGCCAUGCGGGAUUCGUUUGUUGACUCGGGGGUGCUGCACUUUGUGUUUGACUACUGCGCAGGCGGCGAAUUGUUUCAAGUCACCGACGAUCUACCUGGCCAUCGCGUCGACGGGGCCACCGCCCGGCGAUACUUUCGCGACAUCGUGCUCGGCGUGGCCUACGUACAUGCGAUGGGGUUUGCGCACCGCGACUUGUCGCUUGAAAAUGUGCUCGUGGAUGCCAACGAUGUGUGCGUCGUAUGUGAUUUCGGCCUCGCUUCGUCCCUGACCGCCCAUCCCACCGAUCAAUCUAAGGUGGGGAAAGCGUUCUACAUGGCCCCAGAGGUGGUGGCUGAUGCUGCGCUGCCCUACGACCUGGCAACAGCAGACGUGUGGUCGCUCGGCAUCUUGCUGUUUGUUCUUGUCACGGGAGCCCCGCUCGUUGAGAUGGCAGCGUUAACCGACGUGCGGUUUCAGUAUUUGGAGGCGGAAGGGGUGCGUGCCUUGGUGGAAUCGUGGGACAUGAUGCAUCUCUUCGACCCGCAAUGCAUGUCCCUGCUCGAAGGCAUGCUAUGUGUAGACGCACUUUAUCGCAUUUCGAUGGACGAUAUCCUCCGACAUCCGUACAUUUGUGGCACCGACGACUGCACUUCGUGCUCCGUUCAAGUUGACGACGUGCAGGUGGGGUUAGGUGACGUUGUCGACCUCAAAGCUCUCAACCCAGCCACUCAAGCCAUGGAUUUGGCCACGUUUACGGUUUAAAUCACGGCGAGAAUGUUGGUGGUGUUGAUUAUUGGGCCUGUAACGCUUUAUUUGAAAAAACUAUGAUGGCAUUUCGGAAUGUCACGAAACUGGUUGGACGUUUUCUUUGCCCUGUGAAUGACGACAUAUACCAGGCAAGCCAUCUG